AUGGCAGCAGGUCCCAGCGCAAUUCGCAAGGCAUGGUAUCAAUGGAAGAUGAUGCGUCUUCCCUGGCGGAAGAAGUGGCUGGUGGGCUUCGAUCUCCAGGGCAACACCUUCUGGGAGUUCAAAGACGCAUUACACGCACUCCGGAAACGCAGGAUAGCAAAGUAUAGUCGGAAGACACACUUUGGCGACGUCAACGUCUCUCCGGCAUGGAUGCAGUGGCUGCGCCAUACCCGCUACGAUCCACCCACUGUCGUCGAACAACAGCAGGACCUGUUGCGACAAGAGCGCAUGAAGAUACUUGCAGCUCAGGCAGACGCAAGAUGGGCCGCAAAACCGUCAGCGCUCGAUGGCCCGGACAAGCAGCAGCCGGCACAAAUGCUGCAGUCAAGAGUCCUGGAUAACGGUGUCACAAAACCAGAUCCUGGCCAGGAGAUAAUGGCCAGGGUAGAGCCGCCGCAAAAUGUAUAUGAGGAGGAAAAUACGCCCCCUGUCCCCGAGCAAGAGACUGUACAAAUACCCCACGAUUCACCAGAACCGACCUCGACAGACGAUGCGCCUACCUUGACAACGCGAAAGAGGAUGAAGAAAGAGCCGAAAGACUCGCCGUGGAAGCAAGCGAGCCACGGCAAUUCAGGCCAGGAAUGGCAGCCACAGGGCUGGAGUCCAACUCCCACGAAACGAAGAACAUAA